CCUCGGCCUCAAACCAAAUCCUACGUUCUUUACACCCAAAACACCUAUGCAUAUGAACAGUUAGAACAUACAAAACCAUGUUAACCCAGCACACAUCCCGCGCCCUCCGCAGCGCAUUCGCAUCCAAACGCGCAUCCUUAUCGCCGAAACAAGCACCCUCCACACGCACCCUGUUGCAAAUAGCACCAAAGCGCCCAUUCUCAUUCCAAAGCACAAGGCCUCACAUCCCCAGUCAAUAUAAUCUCCUACAUAAAACCAACCCAGCAACCCGCCGACCCUUCACCUCAACCCACAGCUCCAACUUCGGAAACCAAAACCGCUACAACCGCUUCGGAGGCGGAACGCGCCAACCACUCGUCUUUCGACUCGUGCAGAAUGCCAAACCGGGACAUUUUGUUGCUAUCGGGGUUGGGAUUUCGGGAGUUUAUUUGUACAAUACGGAUACUGUUGAGAUGACCGGCCGAAGACGCUUCAAUUGCGUAUCUAGCUCGCAAGAACUGAAAAUGGGGGAGGAGAGUUAUCGUCCUCCUGAUUACCAUCCUCUUACGAGGAUGGUGGAUGGAGUUUUGCGGAGGUUGAUUCCGCAGGCGGCUAUUGAGGGGGCGAAUUGGAAGGUUCAUGUUAUUAAGGAUGAUGGGAUGGCUAAUGCUUUUGUUCUUCCUGGGGGCAAGGUCUUUGUCUACACUGGCAUCUUACCUAUCUGCAAAGAUGAGGAUGGUCUAGCUGCUGUGUUAGGACAUGAGAUUGCACAUGUUGUGGCCCAUCAUCCUGCCGAACGCAUGAGUAAUAGCUUUAUUACGCUGGGGGCUGUCCUCGCUCUUUCUUUUCUCUUUGAUGUCUCUGGGCAGUUGUCUUCUAUGCUACUGAAUCUUAUGUAUCGUCUGCCGAAUUCGCGGACGCAAGAGGCUGAAGCGGACAAUAUUGGACUGAUGAUGAUGUCCAAGGCCUGUUUCAAUCCGGAGGCUGCUGUCAGUUUAUGGGCUCGUAUGCAGGAGCAGGAGAAACAGACUCCUCCGCAGUUCAUGUCGACCCACCCUUCGAGCUACAACAGAAUGGAAGCCAUUCAAGGAUGGCUCACCAAGGCCGAGGGAAUCUACGAGGAAAAUGGGUGCAGUUCUCUGAAAGGAUACACAACUGGCGGGCUCCCCCUCGUGCAAACGGAGCAAACCCACCACCGCAGCUCCAAAAAUUGCCCGGCACAACAGCUCCAUCCACUCCUUUACAUCAACCCCUUUCAUACCCCGUCGCAUCUCUCUCGGACGCGACAUCUAAUUAUGUCGCUAUCAAUUCCAGGUCCCUCUCAGGCGGGGCUCUUCAAGCCUGGGUACCAGAGCCACGAUGCCGAAGAUGGAGCCGUUAUCCGUAACAUUGAAGCCUGCCAGGCUAUCUCGGGCACCGUCCGGACCUCCCUGGGCCCCUAUGGCCGCAACAAGAUCGUCAUCAACCACCUGCAGAAGAUGAUCCUUACCUCCGACGCCGCUACUAUCCUCCGCGAGUUGGAUGUUGUGCAUCCCGCCGCUAAGCUGCUCGUUAUGGCCAGUCAACAGCAGGAUGCGGAGAUGGGUGAUGCUACCAACUUGGUUAUUGUCCUGGCGGGUGAGCUCCUCAAGAAAGCUGAGGAGUUGAUCCGUCUGGGGUUGAAGACGAGUGAUAUUGUUUCCGGUUACGAGAAGGCCCAGAACUUCGCCUUGAAGGUUCUAGAGGAUCUCGAGGUCGACAGACUCCAGGAGAUGCGCUCGGCAACGGAACUGCGCAAGGCUCUCCGCACAGUUAUCGCCGCCAAGCAGUCCGGCAACGAGGAUACUCUGGCUGCGUUGGUUGCUGAGGCCGUCCUGGCCGUCCUGCCCAAGAACCCCUCAACUUCAACGUCGACAACCUUGGAACAAUCCCGCGUGGUGAAGGGUAUGGUGUUUGGCCGUGAGCCCGAUGGGGUUAUCAAGUCUGCUAGCCGCGCCAAGGUCGGUGUCUUCAGCUGCCCCCUCGAUAUCAGUCAGACCGAGACCAAGGGCACAGUCCUCUUGAAGAACGCCCAGGAGAUGGUGGACUUCACCAAGGGUGAGGAGGAGCGUCUGGAGACUGCCAUCAAGGAGCUCUACGACUCCGGUCUCCGCGUCGUUGUUGCCGGCUCCACUGUCGGCGACCUGGCCAUGCACUACCUCAACCGUUUCAACAUCUUGGUCAUCAAGAUUCUGUCCAAGUUCGAGCUCCGCCGUCUGUGCCGUGUUGUCGGUGCCACACCCCUCGCCCGUCUGGGUGCCCCCAUGCCCGAUGAGAUGGGCCAAGUCGAUGUUGUCGAGACCACCGAAAUUGGCGGUGACCGUGUCACUGUGUUCCGCCAGGAAGACGCCAACGCGGUUACCCGCACAGCAACCAUUGUCCUGCGCGGCGCCACCCAGAACCACCUGGAGGACGUCGAGCGUGCCAUUGACGACGGUGUCAACGUCGUCAAGGCCAUCACCAAGGACCCCCGCCUCGUCCCCGGUGCCGGUGCCACCGAGAUCCAGCUCGUCGAGCGCAUCUCCAACUUCGCCGACAAGACCCCCGGUCUGCCCCAGCACGCCAUCCGCAAGUACGCCGAAGCCUUCGAGGUUGUUCCCCGCACACUCGCUGAGUCUGCCGGUCUCGAUGCCACCGAGGUUCUCUCUCGCUUGUACACCGCACACCACCGCGCCUCCAACACCGAGGAGUCAUCCGAAGAAGAGGAGGGCAGCUCAUCCGAAGAGGAAGACCCCUACUGGACCACUGGUGUGGAUCUUGAGCAGGGCUCCGCCGAUGGUACACUUGAUACCGUUGAGGAGGGUAUCCUAGAUCUCAUGGCCUCGAAGGCCUCCGCUAUUCGUCUGGCCAGUGAAUCUGCCCGGACGGUGCUGAGCGUAGACCAGAUCAUCGUCUCUCGGCAAGCGGGUGGACCCAAGAUGCCGCAGGGUGGUGGUGACUGGGACCAGGACUAG